UUGUGAAGCAAGAUAAUGAGGUCGAAGCAGUGCUAGCUGAUCACUUAGUUCCAGGUUUCCGGCUGGCUGGAGACCGGCUUCAAUGGCGCUGGUCGUGUACUGGUACGACUUCGUCUGCUUCGCCAUUGUCGGGAUAUCGAUCAUCGCCGCCUUGUGGGUGAUAUGGCGCAAGGAAUGCGCCAGGGAGUGCCGGACCGGGACCAAGUACGAGAGCCUGCUGCCAACGAGGCCCGAAGAUGGUCAGUCCCUUGCUUCGGCACAACCGGGCCAUGUUGGUACCGACAUGCUAUGGAUGAGCUGCUGGCGAGGUGUGCAUCCCGGCGUCCUCUUGGUGAUCCGGCUGGUUUCAGGGCUUGUCAUGGCCGCGUUCUUGGCAUGGGACAUCGACGUCUGGACCGCAGACGUCUACAUUUACUACACGGAAUGGACCUUCACACUGGUCAUCAUCUAUUUCGCGAUUGGUACCAUCGUUUCUGCUUAUGGUUGCAUCAUACACUCAAAAAGGCAGGGAGUCGAGAAUGAGGAGCAGGCUGCUUCUGUUCAACAUUCAGUGGACGGUCGGUCUACAGACAUAAACUUUAGAAGCAGAGCAAAUGGAGAUACCGUCAAACUCCAAAGUUAUUAUGAGCAGGAGCAGUUUUUACGAAGAGCUGGCUUUUGGGGAUAUGCCAUGCAGAUUGCUUACCAGGCCUCUGCAGGUGCAGUGAUGCUAACGGACAUCGUUUUCUGGUGUCUUAUUGUUCCAUUUCUUUCAAUUCAGCGGUUCAGCCUGAACUUGUUGAUGGGAUGCAUGCAUGUGCUCAAUGCCGUCUUUCUUCUCCUCGAUACUUCUUUAAACAGUUUGCCAUUUCCUUGGUUUCGCCUUUCGUAUUUUGUGCUCUGGAGUUGCACCUAUGUCAUUUUUCAGUGGGUCCUUCAUGCCUGUGGCUAUUCAACGUGGCCCUACCCUUUCCUUGAGCUGUCAACCCCCUGGGCUCCUUUAUGGUACUUUGCCUUGGCGCUUGUUCACCUCCCAUGCUAUGGUUUUUAUUCCCUCAUUGUGAAAGCAAAAAAUGUAGUCUUCUCAAGAUUGUUCCCUCAUGCAUAUAUCAGGACUUGCUAAGUUUUCUUGGUUAAAGUGUUACUUAUAAUCAUGCAAGGUAUAUCUACCUAUGAGUGUACCUAAGUUUUCUUUGUAAACAGAUGUUUUUCAUUCUUCCUUUCGUGAUAAAAUAAAGAGUGUUCUUCCUGAUUCGGGAAGAAAGGAUGAGACGCAAGGUAGAAA